UACAACAACAGCUGAUGGAGUAUAUGGAAUUCACUCUCUUUUCACUGAUGGAGAUGAAACCUCCUAUUUCCCGAGCAAAAAUGAUUCUCAUCACAAAAGCUGCCAUUAAAGCUAUUAAGCUCUACAAGCAUGUUGUCCAGAUUGUAGAGAAGUUUAUCAAAAAGUGCAAACCGGAAUAUAAAGUCCCUGGAUUGUAUGUUAUUGACUCUAUUGUUCGUCAGUCUCGUCACCAGUUUGGAACUGAUAAAGAUGUUUUUGGGCCAAGAUUCUCUAAAAAUAUUACUGCCACAUUCCAGUAUUUGUAUCUCUGUCCAUCUGAAGACAAGAGUAAAAUAGUCCGUGUCCUGAACCUUUGGCAGAAAAAUGGAGUAUUUAAAAUUGAAAUAAUUCAACCUCUUCUGGAUAUGGCAGCAGGAACUAGUGCCACUGCACCAAUGACAGAAAAUGCUACUAAUAAUGAAGGUUCACCGCCCCCUCCAGCAAAGGUUUCUUCGGAGCCCCCUCAAGUUACUGCUAAUUCAGUACCUACUGUGCCACAGUUGCCCAGUUCUGAUGCCUUUGCAGCUGUAGCUCAGCUGUUUCAAACAACGCAAGGACAACAGCUUCAGCAAAUUCUUCAGACUUUCCAGCAGCCUCAAAAACCCCAGUCACCGGUCAUAGAUAACACUGUGAUGGCUCAGGUUCAAGCUAUUACUGCUCAGUUGAAAACUACAGCAGCACAACCACCAGAACAAAAAGCUGCUUUCCCACCACCUGAGCAAAAAACAUCAUUUGAUAAAAAGCUACUAGAUCGGUUUGACUAUGAUGAUGAACCAGAAGCAGUAGAAGAUUCAAAGAAAGAAGAUUCAGCUCCUCCUCCUGCAGUUUCUCAGCCAGCUUUGACCUCUCUCUCAUUCAGUGCACAGGCUGGAUGGUGCUCAAUACCUGGUGGAUUUCCAGCAGAAGGUAUGCAACAGCCAGUAUUUCCUCAACUUCCAAAUAUGGAUCCUUUUCAGCAGCGAAUGAUGGGAAUACAGCAGGAUCCCAUGCGCCACCAGGUUCCUCUUCCUCCUAAUGGGCAAAUGCCAGGUUUUGGUCUCCUGCCUACCCCACAGUUUCCACCCAUGGCUCAGCCUGUGAUUCCACCCACAGCACCUGUGCAGCAAACUUUUCAGUCUCCUUUUCCAGUACAGAGUGAAUCACACAUGCAAAAACCCCAUCAGCAGGACAUGGAAGUGGAACAGCCACCUAUUCAGGAGGGGAAGCGGCAUGUUUCUGACAGCAGAAAGUCAAGAUCUAGAUCUGCAUCAAGGUCACCUAAAAGGAGACGUUCAAGAUCUGGCUCCCGAUCUCGAAGGUCGCGUCAUCGUCGGUCUCGGUCUCGGUCCAGGGACAGACGCCGGCACUCUCCCAAGUCCCGGUCACAAGAGAGACGUGAGCGGGAGAGGGAGAGGGAACGCAGGUCAAAAGGCCUUCCUCAGAUCAAGUCAGAAACUGUUAGUGUUUGUAGUACUACGCUUUGGGUAGGACAACUUGACAAAAGGACAACUCAACAGGAUGUUGGAAGUCUUUUGGAGGAGUUUGGCCCAAUUGAAUCAAUAAAUAUGAUACCGCCUAGAGGAUGUGCCUAUAUUGUAAUGGUUCACAGACAAGAUGCUUACCGUGCCCUGCAAAAACUGAGCCGAGGAAACUUCAAAGUCAAUCAGAAAUCUAUAAAGAUUGCGUGGGCUUUGAAUAAAGGAAUAAAGCCAGACUACAAGCAGUAUUGGGAUGUAGAAUUAGGUGUUACUUACAUACCAUGGGACAAAGUGAAGCCUGAAGAUCUUGAAAGUUUCUGUGAAGGAGGAAUGUUGGACAACGAAACUCUUAGUCCAGAGUGGAAGGGGAUUCCCAAGAAGUCUGAAAAUGAAAUAGCUCAAAAUGGAGGUGCAGAAGCUACACAUAAUGAACCAGUGUCACCUAUACCUAAAGCUUUACCUGUUCCAAUUCCCGUUCCCAUGCCUGCACCAAUAACAGUACCUCCUCCACAGGUUCCACCACAUCCAUCAGGUCCUCCUGUGGUUGGUGCUCUCCAACCACCUGCUUUCACAGCACCUUUAGGAAUCCCACCUCCUGGAUUUGCUCCUGGUGUGCCACCACCACCACCGCCUCCAUUCUUACGACCUGGUUUUAACCCAAUGCAUUUACCCCCAGGUUUUCUUCCUCCUGGGCCACCACCACCUAUAACUCCUCCAGUAUCUGUUCCUCACACUCCAGCAGUGAACAUCCCAAACUCUACAGCAACUGGUGUGAAUGAAGACACUACGAAAGAUUCAUCUGUAGGAAAUCCCAUCCCAACAGUGGUUUCUGGAUCCAGAGGGACUGCUGAAACUACUGAUAGUUCCAAAAUGUAUGGGACUGUUCCACCUCCUGUAGCACCUACUAAUGUACCUGCUCCUGUCACCCAAACUCUUCCACUUCUUGGCACUCAAGGAGUCGCGCCCCCGCCGCCAGCCCCCGUUGUUGGGUUGCAGGCUCCAUCCACCGGCCUCUUGGGCGCCCGGCCCGGUUUGAUACCCCUCCAGCGCCCGCCAGGAAUGCCACCCCCUCCCCUGCAGCGCUUCCCCUUGAUGCCGCCGCGACACAUGCCUCCCCACAUGAUGCACAGAGGGCCCCCGCCGGGGCCGGGGGGCUUUGGGAUGCCUCCCCCCCACGGAAUGAAAACCCCCUUCCCGCCGCCGGGUCACUUUGUGAGACCCGGGGGGAUGCCGGGAAGCGGGGGGCCGGGAGGAGCCGAGGAGAACAGAGAUGGGAGGCAGUUUAAUAGGAACGAGAGGCAGACGUUCACGCCUAACAGAGACCAGGAAAGGUAUGGAAGGAGAUCUUUUGGCAAUCGGGUAGAAAACGACCGUGAGCAGCGCUACGGUAACCGCAGCGAUGACAGAGAUCACGAGCGACUCGGUAACCGCGACAGGCGAGACUGGGGCCGGAGAAGCCCCGAGCGGGAUAGACACAGAGACUUGGAGGACAGAAACAGGCGGUCCAGCGGCCACCGAGACCGGGAGAGGGAUUCGAGAGACAGGGAGUCGCGGAGAGACAAGGAGGAGAGUCGAGGCAAGGAAAAAGCGGAGAUGACAGACAGGGCAGAGGGUGACAAAAACCACGAAUCUCUCAGCGGCAAAAUGGAAGACGCAGACAUUGUUUCCGAACUUCCCUCGGGAGAGUCUGAACCCACGGGGGUGAAACCCGUCGAAGAGUCACCAUCCGAGGCUACCUCAUCUGUGGAACAGGCGGAAAAGGAGCCGGGCUCCGCGGCGGAGGCUCCUCGCUAGGGACUGGGACGUCGUCGGGCGACGCCAGUGACAUUUGUUGGAGUGUAGAGCUUUAGAGUUGUACAGUCUGCUGUAUUAUAUUUGCUUCUGCUUCUAUCACAGCCCCUCAGUAGUCGGCGGGGAAUUGUAAGCAAUUUGAUUGCUUCCCUUCUAUUUAAAAUAGCCACCACGUAACAGGAGAUACUGAAGAUAUGAUUAAAAUAUUACCCAUUUUUGCUGUAACUUUUUUAAAGUUUUGACUUUAAAAAGUUUACAAAUCAGAAGUAGAAGUGCUUUCUAUUUUUUUUUUAAUUUAAGAAAAGGUAACGGUGAAAGCUCCUCAAAACAAUAGGGAUGUGUUUUUAAUAAACUCUAUUUUCGUAACAAAC